GAAGACGACGCUCGCAAGCUCCUUCGCCAUGAGACGGUCGCUCACGUCCGCCAUCUUCGCCGCGGCACUGCUGUGCGAGUGCUACGCCCUGUCCGCGGCGUCGCCCAUGGGCAAGGCGGACGACGGCGGCGGCGGCGGCUCCUUGGAGCAGGAGGCUUACGCCUCGCUGCUGAGCAACGAAGCGUCCGAAAGCGCCGUCGGCAACGGCGACGUUGCCACGGCGGGCAAAAGCGGCGGCCCGAGGGUGAUCGUCGUCGCCGACCCGAGCCUGUGGAGGGAGCUGCUGCGGGGGGGGGCGCCGCGCGGCGGACUGUCCGUCUACAAACGGCGAGCCGACGACAACGGCCAGGUCAUCGAGCACAGAGACGCCGGACGGGACCUGAACAUCCCCAUCCUGAGGAGGGACCCGAUGAGGUGCAUGGUGGGACGGGUGUAUCGGCCGUGCUGGGAGGUCUAGGACUGUUUGAGGACGACCGCCACUUCCUUUCCUGAGUUGCAAGAUAAUCCCCAAACAUUUGAUGUAUCUAUAUUUCACUUAUUGCAGAUCUGAUCAAUAAAACUACUGAAUUCUGCCGUAUGUCUUGUGCAUGUUUGGUCACUGUCUCACUACUUGACUCUUAGCACUGAGAUUAUGAGGGUUACAGUUCUACUUCAUAAGUCAUGGCGUAGAAGAACUGGUUGGAUAGUUAUAGCAUGCAACAGAAUUGCCAUUGUUACUUUUCCAUGUGUGUAUGGAUUAGAUGCGAUGUGGGAGUUUUAAAGGUAAUGAAGCUUCGCGUAAAUUCAGACAGGAAGACCAUAUCCUUCACACCAGCCUUUCAUCCCUCAGUCCGAUAAGCAUUUCCCACUC